AAACGUCAAAAGUCCAACGUGCGAUCCCAUUCGUAAAUAAACAAACACUUUUUACUACAACACAGCAUAUUCAGAAUGGAUGAUGAAACAUUUAUUGCUUCUCUUGUUGGAGACAAAAAUGAUCAGCAUAAACCCCAUGUAUUAGACCUGCUCUUCUCAAAGCGUCCUUUUGGAAAAGAUCCCGCAAAACGCAAAAAAACUCGCAAGCACCAGGAAAAGUCAGUCCUCUCCCGGCAACAAAUUAAGGAUCUUGGCUUAUACGCCUUACCGCAUGGUACGAUUACGUACAACGAUGCUGUGCCGCUUCACAAAAUGUGGUGCGAGUAUAUUUCGACGUGCUUUCACCGCCUCGAGAUUCCAAGCGUGACCGAGCCGCGAUACAACAAUACUGUAGCCAGCCUUUUGAAAGCGGAUUAUCACGGGGCCAAGGUCACUAUCGUUCGCUCCAAACAGUCUAGUGUAAUUGGAGUGAAAGGGAUCGUGAUUCUAGAAACAAAAGGGACAUUCAAAAUCGUUUCGAAAGAUAACAAAAUUCGGACUAUACCGAAAAACGAUUCUCUGUUUGAAGUACACAUCCGUGAUAUAGUGGUAACGAUUUCCGGAAACAUUUUGAAUGCUCGUCCUGCGGAACGCUCUGUUCGUAAGCUUAAGAACUUUUCAUUUUCCGAUGUUUAAUGAAGCAAUAGUUAGUACAUGGAAUUGAAUUAAACAAAGAUAUUUUCCA